GCUUUCCCCUCGCGUUGAUGUGAGUCGAUAGCAGAGUCGAGGCCGUCGCUGAUGCAACACUGACAGUUUCACUGAUGCAACACGCUGACUGUUUCACUCAACCGGUUUCUCUCCCACACGUCACAUUAUUAGAAGUGUAAGUCAGAGGAUCCUGCACCAUGGCAGAUCAGCUCAAUCCAGAUGAGAAGUUCCACCUCAUCACCAGGAACCUACAGGAGGUUCUGGGAGAGGACAAGUUGAAGCAGAUUCUUCAGGAGAGGGAGCUGAAGGUUUACUGGGGUUCAGCGACCACUGGCAAGCCCCAUGUAGCUUACUUUGUCCCCAUGUCCAAGAUAGCGGACUUCCUCAAUGCUGGAUGUGAGGUCACAAUUCUGUUUGCAGACCUCCAUGCCUACCUGGACAACAUGAAAGCUCCCUGGGAGCUGCUGGAGCUCAGGGUGAAGUACUACGAACAGGUCAUCAAGGCCAUGCUGGAGAGCAUCGGUGUGCCUCUGGAAAAACUCAAGUUCAUCAAAGGAACUGACUACCAGCUCAGCAGAGAGUACACUCUGGAUGUGUACCGCCUGUCCUCCAUGGUGACGGAGCAUGACGCUAAGAAGGCUGGAGCUGAGGUUGUCAAACAGGUGGAGCAUCCUCUGCUGAGUGGUCUGCUGUACCCUGGACUGCAGGCUCUGGAUGAGGAGUACCUGAAAGUGGACGCUCAGUUUGGAGGAGUUGACCAGAGGAAGAUUUUCACUCUGGCAGAGAAGUACCUGCCCUCUCUUGGUUACGCUAAGCGUGCCCAUCUGAUGAACCCGAUGGUGCCAGGACUCACAGGGGCUAAGAUGAGCUCAUCAGAAGAAGAGUCAAAAAUCGAUCUACUGGACUCUAAAGAAGAUGUGAAGAAGAAGCUGAAGAAGGCUUUCUGUGAACCGGGCAACAUCCAGAACAAUGGAGUCCUGUCUUUUGUCAAAUAUGUCGUCUUCCCUCUACGAGGAGAGUUCUCCAUCAAAAGAGACCCAAAGUGGGGUGGAGACAAAGUUUACACGGAAUUUGAAGAAGUGGAAAAGGACUUUGCUGAGGAGCUGAUCCACCCUGGAGACCUGAAGGCCUCCGUGGAAACUGCUCUGAAUCAGCUACUGGAACCAAUCAGAAAGAAGUUUGCGAGCCCUGAGCUCCAAAAGCUGACCAACUCUGCCUAUCCUGGGACCUCAAAGACGAAGGCAGGAGGUAAGGGUGUUAAGGCAGGAGGAGGAGGUGGUGGAGGAGAAGAUGAUGAGCUGGCCCCUUCCAGACUGGACAUCAGGGUGGGCAAGGUCAUCAGUGUGGACAAGCAUCCAGACGCUGAUUCCCUGUACCUGGAGAAGAUCGACGUGGGAGAGCCGGAGCCGAGGACGGUAGUCAGCGGGCUGGUGGCCUAUGUUUCACAGGAGGAGCUGCAAGAUCGAACGGUGCUGGUGUUGUGCAAUCUGAAACCUCAGAAGAUGCGGGGAAUUGAGUCUCAAGCCAUGCUGCUUUGUGCCUCGAUUGAAGGAGAGCCCAGGAGGGUGGAGCCUCUGGACGCUCCUGAGGGUUCGUCACCAGGUGAACGAGUCUUUGUGGAAGGAUUUGAAACAGGCAAGCCAGAUGAAAGGCUCAACCCAAAGAAGAAGGUGUGGGAGAAACUACAGGUGGACCUGAAGAUAUCGGACGAGUGUGUAGCUCAGUGGAAAGACAAGCAGCUGAUGACCAAACUGGGACAGAUCACAUGUAAGACACUGAAAGGAGGCAACAUCAGUUAAACACACACAGUACAUUGACCAGUGAAGCUGCUCCUGCCGGCUGCACAACAUCAUGAAUACUUUCAUCAACAAAUUGCCAUUGCAACAUCAAACUUUACGUGGAUGUUUCUCGGGGAAUGAUGGGACACGGACGCCAAAAGUCUGAGACAGUUCAGACUGACUUAGAUGAAUUCUGCUAACUUUUAAUUCACUUUGAACAAAAAUUGUGUAACUAGUCAAGCUAAGGGUCAUUACUGUCUCUAUUGUUGGAGUUGAAUGUUGCUGCCGAUGCACUUAAAUGUACACAUACAACAGAUGUUCAGCAGAUUUGAAAUGACUGGUUCUGUUUAGUGAAAGGACAGUAGUCUGGAUUGCUCAUUAAUAAAGAAUACAUCAGGUUUCUAAAAAGGGACUUUCAGCACAUUUCCUGUUUAUCUUUAUAUUAAUAAUCAGGGCAGUAGCCAAUCUGCCAAACCUAGUUAAGAAGAAUGGGGUUUUAUGGGUUCCAGACAUCAGAUGCAUAUAAAAAUCAAUAUGCCUUGUACUGUAAGACGGUUGUAAAAUCCAUAUCUGGACAUGAAGAGUCAUAGUCAAUUAAUGCAUCAUCUCUAACAUGAAAUAAAUGCUGGCGGAACAGUGCAA